UCAAGGUAAUAACUCGCAUAAAAUAAAAUUAAAUGGCUCGAUAAAAAAAGAAACGUGUAUUACGAAACACGCGGUAUAACACGCACGACCGAUGGGCUUGGCAUGCGCACUCCAUCGUGGUUGGUUGGCAGGUUCUCAGCAACGUGCAGCGCACGUUGGCAGUUGGCAUUUGGCACAAAGGACUUGAGAGUGUCCGGUCGUUUCGGGUUUCUGGAAUUUGCCCGCGACUCCACGCCGCCAACGACGAUGAACAACGAACUCACGAUCGACAAGUUUCCCGCUUUGAGGUCGAAACAUGUUUACAUCAGGGAUAAGGCCACGGUCCUGGAAACGAUAAAUGCAAUUCGGCAAGGUGGCGUAAAUAAUCUGCAGAUAGUCACGGAUUUCGACUUAACCCUUACAAAGCAACACAUAGACGGCAGACAUGUACUCAGUAGCUUUGGUAUGUUCCGACAUUGCAAGCAAUUACCGCAACAAUAUUUGGACAAAGCUAAGGAUUUAUACAACAAAUAUAGACCUAUAGAGAUAGACCCAGAAAUGCCUGUGAAUAAAAAAGCAGAUGCUAUGCGCGAUUGGAUGGUGGCUGCGCAAAAUUUACUGAAGGGCAUCGAGUUUGAUCCUCAUGAAUUAGAAGAAGUAGCCCAAGCAUUCGAUAACAUAUUGCGCGAUGGUACAGAAGAGUUUUUUGAAAAGCUAUACAAUGUAAAAGUACCAAUUAUUAUAUUUAGCGCUGGUUUGGGAGAUAUAGUGGAAGCUGUGUUGAGGUAUCACAAUGCUCUCUUCGAUAAUGUAAAAAUAUUUUCCAACUUUCUCAAGUAUAAUGGAAGUCAAUUGGAUGGAUUUAAGAAUGACAUGCCUAUACAUGUAUACAACAAAAAUGAGUGUGCAUUGGAAAAGAAUUAUCUGAAGAUAUUUCAAAAGAGACAGAAUGUAUUGCUAAUGGGUGACACGAUCGGUGAUGCUAAUAUGGUAGAAGGAAUAGAGGACACUAAGGCUAUCUUAAAAAUCGGCUUCCUUUACGAGCACGUGGAGGCUAGCUUAAAUUCAUUCAUGGAAAACUUCGAUAUCGUUCUCGUCGACGAUCAAACGAUGCAAGUGCCGACAGAGAUUAUACAAAAUAUCUUGUAAUACUGUCUGUACCAAUUCUCUCUUUCACCUGCGUGUACAUGUACGCGUCUAUAAAGAUGUAAACAUCACGCAUACGUGAUCGCUUUUUAAUUCAAAAUAGAGAAAACAAUUUCAUAAAUUAAUAUGUCUUAAAAUUACAUUUUUAACAUAUUUUUAAUAACAGUGGAUCUAUGUGCAACGCAUAUAAGUUA